AUGUUACACAAGACUUCUAUACCUGACCACAGGCCUUCUCGUCUUCCUCGUGUGGUGCGCACCACCAGCAAGGUGAUUGCGGCCUCGAAGCCUUGUGCUGCUGAGUGCACUCGACGCGACGUGGGCACUGCGACAGACGCGGUGCCGCGCGGGCGCGAGCGCAACUGGGGCGACUGGAUGGGAGCUGGUCGGCUGCCUGUGAUGGUCGGCGCAGCGCUGCUGUCCGCGUUGCUUGUGGCCUCUGCGGUGGCCACCACCGUCGCCAUCAUGAACCGGCACUCGACCAUGGCAACCGGAGCCGCCGACCAACGACACCUGCCCGACGACAUCGCUGGAUUGGUGCCCACCAAACCGUUGAUGCCCGGAAUGCCGAUUUCAGAGUCGCCAUUGCGGGGCGGGCUCGGGGAGCCAGCUGACAAGGCGGGCGCGGAAGACGCCUGGCAGAGGAGUGAACCGGCUGACGGGGACUCGGCCGCUGAGCAGCCGGCUAUGACAUACAACAACGCGAGUGGUGGCUUCGUGACUUCCGAGAAUCCGGCGCUCCGAAGAUCCACGAGGCCGGAAUGCGGAGUCGUCUUCUACGCCUACUGCCAGCAGCCUCGUCAGGAGUUCGUCUACCGCGCUUCCAUCAACGCCUGCCUGGCGACCAGUGACGACCAUCCGGCGCAGCUCUGCAACCGCGGCCCCAAUCGGUUCGCCUCGUGGCGCGAGUGCGAGACGAACUGCGUGCUCACCCAGCCGCCGCGCGAGGCCUGCCUCGGGGAGACCUUACUGCUCGGGUGCAGGAGUAAGGACGUCCGCACCAGCUGGUGGUGGUUCGACGGCCGGGCCUGCCGGGCCUGGAAGUUCCCCUGGGGCGGCUGUCCCGCCAACGGCAGCGCCGUGUUCCCCACGGCCCGCCAGUGCACGGCCCACUGCACCAACCCGCGCUACCCUGCCUGCGCCGCUCCGCGGAGCGCGGCAUGCGGCAGCGCACAGCUGAAGUUCCCAUUCUUCGCUGCAGUGGCGCCUUCGUCGGCGGUGCAAGGCGGGACGCGCUGCUACCGGUUGACGCGGCGCGUGCUGGAAUCGCACCGGUGCCUGACCGGGGCUAACCGAUUCCUCACGAAGACGGCCUGCGAGUUGACUUGCAAGAAGCCGUACGCGCGGCCCCAGUAGCGGUCGCGGGACCUCAGGGCUGGCGACACUGAGGAUUGAAUACAAUGGCGCAGUUUUCGUGCGUCGUUUUGUGCGUUUCGUUGUAGUUGGAGUUGAUGCUUGCUGGACGAUGUCGACUUUAUUGUCGCAAGAAUAUUAAAGGAAUACAUAU